AUGGCCGACCAACACGCGUCUAGAGGCAGAGUCCGCGACUCUCACGACCUCUCGCUGUCCCCACGCAACGUCACCCGGGACUCGCUGGUGAAUAACAUGCUGCUGUCCCUCGACCACUUCUCCCACGGCUUCCAGCCAUCAGCCGCCGCCGCCUCCUUCUCCUCCUCCUCCUCCUCCCGGCACCCGCAGCCGUCGCGACACCAGUACUCGUACAGCUCCGACUACGACGACGACUCGACCCGAACCUCGGUCCAGCUGCCCAGAGCCCGGAGCCGCAGCCCCAACCGACGCAGGAGCAACAGCAGCUCGACCUUCCAGGCAUCCUUCCCCAAGCCCCCCGGCGUCGCAGAUUCUCCCAUCCAUCGCGCGCGACCUCGAGCCAACACCGGCAGCAGCACCAGCAGCGCCAGCUUCGACGCGGGCUACCCUCAAAACAUUGCUGGACCUGCCAGCUGGGAUCGCACCGGCUUCAGGCGCUCGGCGAGUUUUGAUCUCGGGCCGCUGCAGGCGCAAACGCAGCUCAAUGCGCCCUUGAUCUCCCCGUUCCACAUCGACUUCCUGACCAACCCGUCCAGCUUGGACCUGGAUCCCGUCGACGGCGCCUCGGGACACACCAGACGACCAGCAAACCACCAAUUGGUGGCACCUGCCAUGGCCUUAAGCGACUUCGAUGCCGCCCCGGCGCCCAGCGUCAGCUACGGCAAGUCAAAGACCGACCAGCUCGCCGCCUCCCAGUCUGCCGGCGGACUUGCCCAGCCCAAGGAGCGGCACGGCUUCUUCCGACGUGUCUUUGGUGGUUCCUCCAAGAGCACGACGCCCGCCCCCCCCGCGGAGACGUUGACGUCGCGCCUCACUGGCCAAGGGAGCAUCGUAGCUGCGCCUGCCCCCAAGGACCCUCUGCCGCAGCCGCAGCCGCAGCAGACGCAGCCGGUGCUGCAGAAGAAGUCGUCGUCCUUCUUCCGCCGCCGCAAGAAGUCAGUUGCUGACGAGGCGCCGCCGCUGCCUUCCGAUGUGCCUCCUGUACCCUCUCUCGCUGAUGUCAAUGGCAACCUCCAUCCCGACUCUGACCGGACCACAGACAGCCCUGCUGGCAGCCUGAGGCAAAUCAUGACCCCGUACCUGAAGGACGGCGCCGCGCACUCGCACUCGCACCCUCUUGGCGACAUCACCAACAAGGCAGCCCCCAGAGCGGCUGAAGACGACGACGAUGAUGAUUACAGACCAAAUGUCCAGCGAGAAUUCUCUCCCGACUACGAGCUGAGCCCCAAUGCCAAGAUUCGGGUAGUGCGCAACUCGGAUUCGGACCUAGAUCAAUCGGCUUAUGACAAGCCUGGCCGAGCUCCCAACAAGCUCGUGCACAGGAACAAUUCCUUCCUGGACCUCGACGGAGGUAGUGACAACGAGGAGCCCCCUGUUCGCCGAAUGUCUGACAAGGAAAACGAUGGCCGAUUAGCUUCUCCCACCGCCCACAAGAGCAAAGACACUGCUGGUACACUGCGCGGUAAGAAGUCGCCGCGUAUCACCGACCAGGAGAGGUUUGGCGACGAGCCGCCUCGUCCUCACAGGGCUCCGCCGGUCAGUGAAUGCCGGUCGACGUCCUAUGCCUCGGCAUCGACAGACGACGGAGACUACAAGACGGCCCCCAGUGCGGCCCCCAGCGUUCGCGUUGAACGAUCGAGCGAGUCAAGUGUCAGGGGUCCGGGGACGCUGGACAUGCUUAAGAAUCGAGACUUGGACGAACCUGAAUUUGUUAUUGGCGAGCCGACCGAGGAUGAACGGCAAAAGGCGCAGCAGAUAUUCGACGGCUGUGAGGACUUCAUCCCCAAGGAAAAGGCUGCCUCCUGGAUGGGUGAGGAGGGCCCCAUCCGGCAGCGCACUUUGCAGGCAUACAUUGAGCUGUAUGACUUUACCGACCUGAGCAUCCUCAAUGCUCUGCGCAAAGUGUGCGGCCGCUUAAUCCUACGCGGUGAGACACAGCAAGUCGAUCGCAUCCUCGUGGCCUUUUCCAAGCGUUGGUGCGAUUGCAACCCAAACCACGGCUUCAAGGCAACUGACGUCAUCCACACCAUAUGCUACUCUAUCAUGCUGCUCAACACCGAUCUGCACCUUGCCGAUAUCGAGCAGAAGAUGACCCGUAGCCAAUUUGUGAAGAACACACUGACGACAAUCACACAGGCUGUGGAAGAGUCUGUUCCGGAUGCGUUCGACCGCCCCAGCAUUUUGCCUGAAAGGGGCUCUGUGCUUCAUGAGGGGGGACGGGCUGUAUCCGAGCCGCAAGAGAAGAAGUCUUUCCGCAACUCGUUCCGACCACCACCUCGCAUCGAUACCCAGCUGGUGGAUGCCCACGACGACUGCGGGCCACUUGUCAAGUCGUCCUUUUACGGUUCGAUGAAGGCUUGGGAGGAGCAGAUUGAGAUCGUCUUGAAGAGCAUCUACAACUCCAUCAAAGAGGAUAAGCUGCCCCUGUUUGGUGCAGAACCAGAGAAGCACCUCCAUAACAUGCCGUCGCAGAGCAACCUGUCUGUCAUGGGCAUGCUCAAGAGGAGCCCGAGCGUCCUGAGCAAGGCACCCUCGGAAAGCCAAAUGUCGACGCGAGGCCGGCUCGCAGACAACAGCCGCAAUGGCAGCUCCCGAUGGGCGUCCAAAAGCCGCUCGCGAACCGGGCUUGGGCGCCAGGGCUUCAACUCCAGCCGGACGAGCUUCGACGACACCAAUUCUCUGUGGAGCCCGGCCAUGUCCUCUGCCACCUGGAGCCGCUACUCCCUGGGGCGGACUCAGGGCUCCAUGUCUCAAGAUUCAUUCGGCUCGGCAAUGCCCCGAGGAGACUAUCAGCAAUCCAUCGGCUUUGCAAAUGCUCUGAGCCAAGCUAUUGUUCGUUCCGACGAUGCGAACGUCAAUGAUAACAUGUCGGUCAUGAGCGCUGAUGUACCUGCUACGGGAUUGCUGGACGACGAAUCGCUCGAACUGGCCGGCCCUCCGUGGAUCAAGGAAGGUCGAGUCAUGCACAAGCAUCACCUGGACGGUGUCGGCAAGAGGGCAAAGGAUCGAAACUGGACCGAGGUCUUUGCCGUCAUCCAGAGAGGUCAGAUGAGCAUUUUUUCGUUCAACGCCCCCAAGUCGACGAGGCAAAAGAGCCGCACAAGGAACGCAGACAAGGCCAACGCCCCCGUUGGAGGUGGUAACUGGCAGGACAACGCCGUAAACCUGGGCACGUUUAACUUGCGACUGACCCUGGCGUCGGCUCUGCCAUCGCCCGGAUAUUCGCGGUCGAGGCCGUAUGUGUGGGCGCUCAGCUUGCCCACGGGUGCCGUUCACCUGUUCCAAGUCGGAACGCCCGAGAUUAUCAAGGAGUUUGUCAGCACGGCCAACUAUUGGAGUUCGCGGUUGAGCACGCAUCCGCUGAUCGGUGGCAUAAGCAACAUCGAAUACGGAUGGAGCGAUAGCGUCAUCAACAGCGCGCUCGCUGGCGCCAACAGUGACAAUGCCUCCAUCAUGAGCGGCGGCCGAACCUCACGCCCUGGCAGCCGUGCCGCUCACGGUCGCCAGCCGAGUGUCCAGAGCGUCAACAUGCCUUCCUCUAGCAUCGAUCUCGGAUCCGGGCCCUUUACUUCCGGCGGACGCGGCAAGCUGCCCGGUGAUCGCAUCACCAUUUCCGAGUGGGCACCUCCGACGCAGAGCAUGCGGCCGAGCCAUUUGUCCGAGCCGGAGCAGCUGGAGGCUCUCACGGCAUAUGUCAAGAGCAUCGAGGAUGACUUGCAAAACCACAACCAACUGCGCAGCCCCAUGCUUCUCGCCUUUACCCCCAGGGGCAGCAACGCGAACAAAGCCAUGGCAAACUGGGAGCGCAAGAGCGCCUACUUGCUUAGGGAGAUUGUCAAGUUCAGAACCUACGUUGACACCCUGCAGCAGGCAGAGGCCCGGAGGCGGGAGAUUUACAAGGAGCGAGACUUGGCUCAACGGGCGGCCAGAGGCGAGCUGAGCGAUGGCGACAUGGACCUCAGCGAUGAAGAUGGCGACGAGACUCUGCGGCCCUGA